AUGAAUAUCAACAAUACGAAGGUUGUCAAAUAUCCCGAGUUGGGAAAUGGGCUCGCUGCAACCCGUGAUUUAGAGGCGGGCGAGGUAAUUAUCAGAAUUGCAAAGCCUUUCCUAAUAGUAGUCGAGAAUGCGGCUUUGGAUCGGGUCUGCUCCGAAUGUCUUUUCGAGUCCGAAAAUGGUCUGAAGAGAUGUACUGGAUGCAAGGUCGUGCAGUACUGUUCGAUCGCCUGCCAGGCAGCGGCGUGGAAAGCGAUUCAUAAGGAGGAAUGCAAGAUCUAUAGAAAGCUGCCGCAGAUUGCACCCACAGCUGUACGGGGCUUGAUACAGUUGCUUCUCCGUAAGGAGAUUGGAACAUCGCCAGAUCCGCGUUGGGCAGGGCUUGAAGGACAUGUAGCAGAGCUGCAGAAACAGAAACGAUGGGAUGAAAUUGUUCUUCAAGCAAAAGCUGCUGUGGAGUGGACAAAAAGUCCCCAGACCUGCAUGGAAACAGCGAUCAAUAUGCUCUGUCGAAUGGCAACCAACGCAUUCCGCGUAACGCUGGCAGAUAGCACUCCUAUCGGUCUAUGCUUUGAACCUGUGGUUUCCCUGGCGAAUCACUCAUGUACUCCAAACGCCACAAUCAUUUUCGAUGGGAGACAGCUGACGUUGCGAACCCUGGAUCCAAUCAAGAAAGGAGAUCAGGUUUUCGUCUCAUAUAUCGACACCACGCAAACACGAGAAGAGAGACGGCACGAGCUGAAGGACCGCUAUUUCUUCACAUGCCAUUGCGAGAAGUGCGAACAAGAUGAUGGACCCUAUCACACAUUCCUGAAAUCGCAAUCGAUUCCCUACCCCCCUCUCGAUCUCUUCAUAAGUCAAGAAGAAAUCCGAAAUUUCGCACAAGCGCGAUGUUCUGACGCCUCCGCCACUAAAGUCCCAGAUAUCCUCCCCAAAGUCCAAGACCUGCUGACCCGCAGCCGCAAUCCAUCAAUUUCUUCAGCCCAGCAAUUCUCACUCCUCCAGACCGCCCUCCGCACCUGCGAGCCCCUGCAACGAACCCAGCAGGUCGCUCAGCCGCCCUACCCGCAAGUCCUGCACGAGCUCUACCUCCAUUACCUCUCCGACCAGAGCACCUACACGCAAGCGCUGCGCAUCCUCCUCUAUCUGUACCUCCACAGCGACGUGUACACGUACCCGCAGCCGCAUCACCCGGUGCGGGUCAUCCGGCUGUACACGAUCGCCAAGCUGCUCCAGAACGUUCCGGAGCUCGGAGACGUGGAUUUCAUAUCCGCGAACCAGGUCUUGCUGCUUUGUGUGAGGGAGCUGGUGAGGAAGAGUCAUGGGGAGGAGACGAGCUUUGGGAGGGAGGUGAGGGAGGCGUUGGCGGAUGUGGAGGCGGUGCAGAGGACGAGGGGCGGCGUGGGGAGUGCGCUCAAUGCGUGGGUUUUGGGGGUGGGUGAGGAAGCCCAGCGCCGUGAUGGGAAGGAAUAUGCGAGGAAGAUCUUUGAGGGCUUGAGGGACUUGGCGGGUUCUGCGUUGGAUGGGGUUCGGAAAUGA